GAGGACCUUGCCGUGCUUCCUGAGUGGAGGCAAGUGCUUAAGAAGGAAAGAAAUGGACCUUGCAGGAGCGCUGGUCACCAAAUGAGGCAGCUGGUUCCUGAGGCAUCCGGGAACUUGGGGGCCUUGGAGCCAUUUUGGGAAGUACCUGAAAGGAAACAGCCAGGCCGCUCUUCCUGCAUCCGGGAAAUUGAGAUUGUCAGAGCCAUUUGUGACGUAAGCGGUCCUGCAUCCGGGGACUCAGGCCGGCCGUUAGGAGCAGCCAUCAGGGUGCCGGUUUAUGCCACACAUUCUGAGUCCAGAAAUGUGAGCCUGUCAAGUCUGGAGUACAGCCGGAGCCCAGAAGGUACCUGUCAUCUGCAUCAAAGGAGGUAUCAGUUUUGACCAGGAAUCCAGGCACCUGGGAAGUUUCAGGAGAGGAUCCCAGGGGUUGGCUGCAAGAGUCUCCAUUCCAGAGCAGUGGCUCCUCAAGAGACUUUCCCGAGGCACUGUCACACCAACAGUCCAGAGCAGAAUAGCCUCUUGCCUUAAGAACCUGGACAGUAAACAUGCGUGGAACCUGGUAGACCUAACCAUCCUUCAAGACCUGUGAGUUCAUCCCUGUCAGCUGCACAUUUUCCUGCAUCUGUUUCCAAAGAAACCCAGCAUGGAUCCUCCCGACAACAGCCGGAAUGUCAACCAGGACAGCACUCAUUCUGAAAGGGAGACAAGAGACCUGGAGGCAGGCGAAGAAGAGGCCAGCACCUCAGGAGAUGUACUGGGUUCAUCCCAGGGUGCUCAGAGAGCUUCCUUUCCUUCCACUGCAGGGGUACCAUCUGUUGAGGCCUCUGGCAGCCAAAUAGAGUUUUACCCAGACAUCCUUAGGCAGCAGAUACUCAAUAGUAAAACAAUUGACUUAAUUCUCUUCUUGAUCCUUAAGUAUAGGAGAAAGCAGCAGACAUGUAAGGCAGAGAUUCUGUAUAUGGUCAUCCGAGGUUAUGAGGAUCACUUCCCUGCCAUCUUUACUAAGGCAUCUGAAUGCUUGAGGCUGACGUUUGGCCUUGAAAUAAUAGAAAGAAAUCCCCGUGUCCACUCCUACUCUCUUGUCAAUGCCCUCGGGCUCACCUAUGAUGGUAUGCUUCAUGGUUUUCGAGGCGUACCAAAGAUAGGCUUACUAAUCAUCGUGCUAUGCAUCAUCUUUAUACAGGACAAUUGUGCCAGCGAGCAGGAGUUGUGGCGUAUAUUGAAUAACAUGGGGCUGUAUGCAGGGAGAGAUCAUUUCAUAUAUGGGGACCCAGGUGUUCUUAUAACUGAACAUUUUGUGCAGGAAGGAUAUCUAGAAUGCAGACAGGUGCCAGGCAGUGAUCCUCCUACCAGAGAGUAUCUGUGGGGGCCGAGGGCACAUGCUGAAACCACCAAAAUGAAAGUAUUAAAGCAUUUUGCCAGCAUCGUUAAACAGGAUCCCAGAUCCUACCCAACUAGGUAUGCAGAUGCUUUGAAAGAUGAGAUAGACAGGACCUAGGCCAGGUUCCCCCAACAGAUGGUACUAUGCUCUGGCUAGCACACAUUCCAGCACACUGGCCAUUCCCAUCCAACAUCAGGCCAGGCAGAGUCUACGUACUGUUCCCUUAUUUGAGAGCUGGAAAGAGGGAGCUGUGAACUAUUCCAUUCUUCCUGUACUGACUGUGACUCAGGCUUUCUUGUUAUGAAAUGUUGCUACUUGUACUCCAAGGCUCAUUAUCUGGACAGUUUUAAGAUCAUAAAUGUCAACAACGCACCUAC